AUGUCCUUUGGAAAGAUCUAUGGUGUUAUUGACAACCCACGCGUUUCUGCGUGCCGUAUAGUAGCAAAGGCCAAUGACCUUGAACUUGAGCUCGUCGAAGCUAUCCCCGGUGCUACCACUGCUGAGUUCCAGAAGAUCAACCCUCUCGCUAAGGUUCCUGUCUUCGUCGGUGCCAAUGGUUUCCUCUUGACUGAGUCUACGGCCAUUGCUGUCUUCCUUGCCUCUCAGAAUGAGAAGACCACCCUUCUUGGAAAGACCAAGCAGGACUAUGCCUCCAUCCUUCGCUGGAUGUGCUUCGCCAACUCUGAGAUUGUUCCAAACGUUGGAGCUUGGUUCCGUCCCAUCCUCGGCAAGGAGCCCUACAACAAGAAGGCUGUUGAGGAAGUCUCCGUCCGUGCCCUAAAGGCAUUUGAUAUCCUUGAGAAGCACCUCACCAACAAUACCUUCCUUGUUGGUGAGCGUAUCACCCUCGCUGAUAUCUUCACUGCUAGCCUUUGCUACCGCGGAUUCCAGUACGUUCUCGGCAAGGAAUGGCGUCUGUCUAACCCAGCCACCACCAGAUGGUACGAGACCAUUGUCAACCAGCCAGUUUUCAAGGCUGUAGUACCGAACCCCCCCUUCGUUGAGGAGCCAUUGAAGAAUGUCCCCCCAAAGAAGGAGGAAGCUGCCAAGCCCGCCCCUGCCCCCAAGGCCGCCGCCGCUGCUGCCCCAGCAGAGGAGGAGGAGAAGCCUGCCCCAAAGGCAAAGCACCCCCUUGAAGCUCUUCCCAAGCCAUCCAUGAUCCUUGACGACUGGAAGCGCAAGUUCUCCAACGAGGAUAUCCGUUCGGUUGCCAUGCCAUGGUUUUGGGAGAACUACAACCCUGAGGAUUACUCCUUGUGGAAGGUUGAUUAUAAGUACAACGAAGAGUUGAAGAUGACAUUCAUGUCCAACAACCUGAUCGGUGGUUUCUUCAACCGACUUGAGGGUUCUCGCAAGUACAUUUUCGGAGCUGCCUCCGUUUAUGGCAAGACCAACGACUCUGUCAUCCAGGGAGCUUUCGUCAUUCGUGGCCAAGACCACGUUCCCGCCUUCGAGGUCGCCCCUGAUAUUGACAGUUACACUUUCACCAAGCUUGAUGCGAGCAAGCCUGAGGACAGAGCAUUCGUUGAGGACCAGUGGGCUCAGGACAAGUCCAUUACCGUCAACGGUAAGGAGUAUGAAUGCACCGAGGGUAAGGUUUGCAAGUAA